UUUGUCAAACUCCAAACACGAAAAAAAAACUGUUUACGUGCAUAAAUUUUCUUAUCACUAAAAAAAUUAUUACAAGAAAAAAAACCAAACAAAAAAAUAAUGAACUAAACUUCUAAAAUCACAAACCAACAAAAUCUCCAUCAUGAACGGCAUUAUCGUCUUCAACAGCUCAAACGAUGUUGUCUUUAAAAAAUUCAACCACGAACUUGCUAAAAAAAUCCACGAAAUCGCUAAAAAACAAGGUCUCAUCGAUGACAACCCAGACACUCCCAUCGAUACAAAUAUUAUUUUACAAAUUUUCUCACCAAUGAUAAAUUCACAGCGAAUUAUGUUUUGUCAAUUUGAUAAUACUUACAGCAACAUUCAAUGUGAAGAAAAUUUAAAUUUUACAUUUGGUGAUUUUUUAGGAUUUUCAUUUAUUAAAAUCGGACAGGUUCCUAUUGAAAUAAUGCGCAGAAAUUGUGACAUUGCCAUAUCAUUGGCUAAACAUUUAUAUGGACCAAAUUUAUUUGCAGCUGACAAAGUUCAAGAAGAUUUAUUUGAUCAAUUAAUUGAAUCUUAUGAGACUUUGGCGCAAGAUGAUCAGGGAAUUCAUGUUGAAGCUAUUCCUCAACUAAUGAUUAAUUCAGAAAUUAAGAAUUCCAUUAAAAGAACUUUAGAGGUGACCACAGAGAAGCUAAACGACGUUGGUUCGAAUCGUUCUCAUGCUCUUCUUUUUAUUAGUAGCAAAUUUAUCGGUUCGUUCUCUUCUCGCUCAGCUCAGGCUUUGAGUGCUUCUGAUAUUCUCUUCUUGUCUCUUUUGGGAAGAACCUUGCAGAAAAACAAGAAAACUAAACAACUUAAUCGAACUGUUGUGGUCUUUUUGGAAGGUGACCAUGUCAGUACGGUAUCAGGCUGUAUUCCCUGCAUUGUUCAUUGUUCCGAGUUGGAAAAGGGAGUCAUUGUCACCUUUGUCAUUGAAUUCUGCAAUCUUCCUGUUGCCAGUAACAUAUUCGAUACAUUCUUUGUCCUGCAAAAGAUUCUUAAUGUGCAGGUUCAAGGUGACACUGAUGCUGUUAAAACAUCCUUUGACAAUUUGGAAGUCUUUGUCAAACAAACAUUGGAUGCUUUGAAAAAGGCAAAGCUUCGUGGCGAUGAAAUUGAAGCAAGUCACAAAAAAUUCGCUUCCAAAUGGGAGAAUAUUAAAAAAAUGUAUAGCGAAUAUUUUAAAAACUAUGAUAAGGAAAUAGCUGUACGCAUUGAAUCGAAUAUUCCACCGUUUUUAGAGGAUCUCAAGUCUCUAUUUACUUGCACCUGUUGCGACAGUAGUCAAAUAGCUCUGGAACAGAUUCCAGAAGUUGCUUCGUUUGUCGAAGGGAAGUUACUUGAAUUCUCGGAGUUUCUCAGUGUGAAAGCCGAAAGGAAUCUUAAUAUAGAAUCUUAUUUGGAGGAAUUUCCUGGCUUGGUUCACUUUAUUUACAUCAAUCGUACCAAAGGCACAAUGAUUGCACCAGAUUUGCACCAGAAAGAAGAGAAGAUGAUACCGGUAAUUCCAAGAAUUUGGUCAAUGGUAGAGUUUCCACGAUCCUAUCUCCAGAAAGGACACACAACAGUUAUGUGGAAGGAUAAAACAUUCAACUAUUCAUAUUUUCUAUGGUUUGAAGAUCAGAAUUCAGUUGCAAUGAGACCAAUUGAUUUGCAGAGUCAUUUUUAUAAUCAUUCGGCAGUGAAGCCACAACAUGCUCCAGGACUAUUGGCAUCAGAUUUCUAUCAGCAAUUUACUGAAAUUGGAUUUCCAAAGACGUCGCCUGGGAAGAUUAAAUGUUAUGAAAUAUACUGCAUGCAUUUGGGUUUGGUAACGACAACUUGUGCAAUUGAACAUUGUCGGCGAUUGGUUGCAACUAUUGCAGAUGUAGUCGGGGAAGGAGGAGGUCCGGAUUUUGGAUAACCACCUCAUAUUAUAGUUUAAGACAUUCCAUAAUAAAUUAUUGUAAGCGUAUCAUGUUUUCUAGUCUCAAGAGUAAAAAGUUUUGAAAUAAA